AGGGUUUAUCAGAGGUGAGAGAAUGGCUUUCUUUGUGCCAUAGGGAACAUAUAAAGAACUGUGUCACAGUUCAGUUUGUUUCAAAGAUGGCUGCCUACAUACAAGUAUUGGCUGCACUGCUCAUGGUCGUAUUUACUGGUAGUCAUGCAGAGAUUCUGGAAACCAAGCCCGGUAAAAUCCGUGGGAAGACAGAGACAGUCAAAGGGAAGAAGAUAGACGUCUAUCUCGGCAUUCCGUAUGCUGAGCCACCCCUCGGAUAUUUACGCUUUCGCAAACCAGUCCCCAAGAGGCCGUGGACGCGCAUCUUAGACGCUACCGAAUAUGGACCUUCGUGUAUCCAGAAUUUACUUUUUUCCCUCCCUGACAUCUUACGUCACACAGACAUCUCAGAAGAUUGCCUCAGUCUGAAUGUGUACGUCCCUGUAUCAGAAAAUAAGGCCCCCAAAGCGGUGAUGGUUUGGAUACACGGUGGGGGCUACGAUUUCGGCGAAGCACUGACGACUCCCUGCGAAGAACUGGCUUUGCACGGUGAUAUCAUUUGUGUCACAAUAAAUUACAGGUUGAACCUCUUUGGAUUUUUGACAACGCUGGACGACAAUGCGCCAAGCAACAUUGGACUGUGGGAUCAGCACGAGGCCUUGAAAUGGGUCAAAGAACACAUCUCAACAUUUGGUGGUGAUCCAGAAAGUAUAACCAUAUUUGGUGAAUCUGCCGGUGGUUCUAGUGUACAACAUCAGGCAGUGACUAAAUAUAACAUUGGGUUGGUUAAACGUGCCAUCAGCCAGAGUCCGCCAACAUUUAGCAACGGAUUUGCUUUCGCGGGAAACCCUCUUCGGUUAGCCAAGGCACUGGCCCUCAAACUUAAUUGUAACACCUCAGAAAACCGAGAUCUCAGCGACACUUUGAAAUUGGUUAACUGUCUGCGUUUGAUACCCGCCGAGGUUCUCCUUAAUACUUCUGGUGAGCUUUUAACGCCAGGCCCCACAAAUGACGUUGCGGAAUAUGGCAAUAUGCCUUUUGCUCCAGUCGAAGACGGUGAUUUUGUGCCCUAUGGCACAAAAGAAUAUUUUUCUGCUUCCAAAACCAGGAAAAAUCCAGAAAUAAACGAAGCUUUUAGUAAAGUUGAUUGGAUGGUCGGAGCAUUAAUAGAUGAAGGGAAUACCUUGCUUUACGUGGCGGCCAUGACGCAAGAGGAUGACGGGUACAACAUAUCAUCCGGGAUACCAGAGGAUAUCAUAAAUACAAAUAUGAUCCUUCCGUUUUUAAAAACGUUGUUUCCAAACAGCCUUGACAUAGUAAAAAAGCAUAUUCAUGAUGCGUACACACACAAAUCCGACCCAAUCGAAAAUUCCCUCGCAAUGUGUGAUUUUUUCACCGAUAUUAUAUUCCACCAGCACGUUGUCGAAGCAUGCAUGGCCCACUUGAGAUCAAAAGGUACUAGUAACGCCCAGAAAUCUGCUACUUAUUCCUACAUCAUCAGUCACGAUUUGAGCGGAAGGAACGUGAUGGACUAUUAUUUUGGCUUCAGUCUACCUUCCUGGGCGAAGACUGCCACACACGNGUCGCUCUAA